GCCGGGCCCGGGCGCAGCGCUGCGGAGGUGAGGGCCGCCGGGGCCGGGCCGGGCCGGCGCGGCGAUGAUGAACAGGUUCCGAAAGUGGCUGUACAAACCCAAGCGGUCGGACCCGCAGCUGCUCGCGCAGUUCUACCACGCGGACGAGGAGCUGAGCCAGGUGGCCGCCGAGCUGGACAGUCUGGACGGGCGGAAGGACCCCCAGCGCUGCACGCUGCUCGUCAGCCAGUUCCGCUCGUGCCAGGACAACGUGUUAAACAUCAUUAACCAGAUCAUGGAUGUGUGCAUCCCCCAGGACCGCGCCCCACGGGAUUUCUGUGUCAAGUUCCCCGAGGAGAUCCGGCACGACAACCUGGCCGGCCAGCUCUGGUUUGGCGCCGAGUGCCUGGCCGCCGGCUCCAUCAUCAUGAACCGCGAGCUGGAGAGCAUGGCCAUGCGGCCGCUGGCCAAGGAGCUGACGCGCAGCCUGGAGGACGUGCGCGGCGCCCUCCGCGACCAGGCGCUGCGGGACCUCAACACCUACACGGAGAAGAUGCGCGAGGCGCUGAGGCACUUCGACGUGCUGUUCGCCGAGUUCGAGCUGAGCUACGUGUCGGCCAUGGUGCCCGUGAAGUCCCCACGGGAGUACUACGUGCAGCAGGAGGUCAUCGUGCUGUUCUGUGAGACGGUGGAGAGGGCCCUGGACUUCGGGUACCUGACCCAGGACAUGAUAGACGACUACGAGCCGGCCCUCAUGUUCACCAUCCCCAGGUUGGCCAUCGUGUGUGGCCUCGUGGUCUAUGCGGACGGACCCCUGAACCUGGACCGCAAGGCAGAGGACAUGUCCGAGCUCUUCCGGCCCUUCCACACGUUGCUGCGGAAAAUCAGGGAUUUGCUGCGGACCCUGACCGAGGAGGAGCUUCACACGCUGGAACGGAACCUCUGUAUCUCCCAAGAUGUGGAGUUCCCCAUGCGGGCGGACACCCCGGUGCCCCCUGCCCUGGAGCCCGCCCUGCCCGCUCCCCUCGCCCCAGCCGAGCCCAGGCACGCAGAGGCGGAGCUGGCGUGCUCCAUGCAGAAUGACGACCAGGAGCUGGAGCAGCUCAGCCGCAUGGUGCACAGGGCUGGCGACGCGAUGUCCUCCCUCCUGUCCCCGCCCAACGCCUGCCAGUCCCCCGCGCACGGGCCGGGCGCCGAGGGCGGCCCCCUCGGGCAGGCGUCCCCGGGCUGCCCACGGCCGCCGCCGGGCGGCGACGAGGAGGAGGGCAGGGUGUUCUUCAUGGAGGACGUGGACGGGGCGGCAGAGCCCCCGGGCGGCCGGUCUGCGCGGGCGGGCGACCCCCCGGAGCGGGGGCGGGGCUUGGCGAGCCGAGAGGCGGGGCUCCGAGCCGCCGCCGCCGCCGCACAGGGAGACUUGAGCGACCGCAGCGUCGUGCAGGGCGACAAGACGCGGGCGGUGGGCCCCGGCUUCUGCAGCUGCCUGGACUCGCAGCCACAGCUGGACGGCUGGGAGGCGAGUGCGGAGGACGCCCAGACGGCCGAGCUGAUCGCCCACCGGACGGGGGGCAUGAAGCUCUCGGCCACGGUCAUCUUCAACCCCAAGUCGCCCACCUCCCUGGACUCUGCCCUCGUCAACCCGGAAGUCCCCGGCAACGGCGUCUCCCCAGGGGAGCCGGCGGCCGAGGGGACGGCGGGCGGCCCCCACAAACUCAGCGCCGCGGCCGCCAACAGCCUCCUGAACUCGUGCGUGUGCUGCAGGGGCUGCGCGGGCGGCCGGGAGGACGCGGCGGAGAGCCUGCGGGGCCGCUGCGCCUCGGGGAGCGUCAUCUGCGCCUCGUACGUGGGCCGCGCCGAGGCCUGCGCCAAGGGCGCCGCGGGGCUGCUGGAGGCGCGGCCUGGCCCGGAGGCCGUGCCCACGGCCCUGGGCGCCCCGGACCCCCGGGCCCUGGAAGACGCCCCCGUCGGGCCGGAGCCCCAAGCCCCCGCUUCCGACAAGUGCCUGGCACACACCUCAGGGCCCCAGGUGGGCGCGGCAGACGGGCUGCCUGGCGGGGGCGGCGGAGCGAGUGCGCUAAAGGAGGCUGAGGCCGGGCAGGACAGUCGGCGUGGAGGGGCGACUGGGGAGGAGCCCCAGCACCUGUCGGGCUCCAGCGGCUUCACGGCGGGCCCCUGCUCCUCAGACGAGAUGGGCUCGGACGCAGGCCCCGUAGCCGUCAGGGAGAAGAUCCGGUCCCGGUUCCACGGCAGCCACGACCUGAUCCACCGCCUGUUUGUCUGCAUUUCAGGCGUGGCCGACCAGCUGCAGACCAACUACGCCAGCGACCUCAGAAGUAUUCUCAAGACCCUCUUCCAGGUCAUGGCCACCAAGCCGGAAACGGACGACAAGGAGAAGCUAAAGAAGGUCACCCAGACCCUGCGGAGUGCGGCCUUGGAGGACUGCGCUCUGUGCCAGGAGACCCUGUCGUCCUCCGAACUCGCAGCCAAGACCCGAGAUGGAGACUUGGAAGACCCGCCCGAGUGGGUCCCAGACGAGGCCUGCGGCUUCUGCACCGCGUGCAAAGCCCCCUUCACCGUCAUCCGCAGGAAGCACCACUGUCGGAGCUGUGGGAAGAUCUUCUGCUCUCGCUGCUCCUCGCACUCGGCGCCGCUCCCCCGCUACGGGCAGGUAAAGCCCGUGCGCGUGUGCACGCACUGCUACGUGUUCCACGUCACGCCCUUCUGCAGCGACAAGGCGGGCAUCUGACACGGUGCCCCAAGCCCGCGAGGGCCCCAAAGGACUGCACGGAGGAGGCGCCGAGGGGGAGGCCUCCGGCCACGGGAGGGUCUUCACCACAUUUCAUCCAGCUGCCGCCACCACCGCUGCCAGGGCUGCGGGCCGCCCUGACUUCCAGAACGUGCAGGGCCUCCGCCCCACCCGCCCUGGCCUCCGCACCCGCGGGGACCUCGGGCCAGCCGCAGGGGCCAACAGGAGGUCAGCU